AUGAGUAAGUUAUUAGAUGAUUUGGUUUUACCUGUAAUCAGCGUACUCGCUUCAAUACUAGGUGUGGAUCAAGUUCAAGUUGUAAUAAAUGUACCAAGUGCUCUAUGCAUUGUUUCUGCAAAGGCUCUACCUGCAUCCAAAAUACUCGGUUCAAUACUAGAU